CGAUUUGUAUUAAUCAAGAUUUUAUCGAGAUUUAAUUAUUUACAAAAAUAAAGAUUUUUACUCAAAUUUCUUUAAACUUUACUCAAAUCGUGUCAUCACCAUGGAAACGAAAUAGUGGCCGUUAAAAACAGAGGUGACAUAAGUUAACCUCAAAAUUAUUUGCUUUAUUUUUUUAUAAAAAACGAUUUAAUUGGGACUAAUUAUUACUAUUAUUUAAAGAUAACGAUUUAAAUCAUUUCCCCUUUAACGAUGGACGAAUCGGAUAAAAAAGAAGACAACCCUGAAACCCACGGCAAAUCAAAACAGAAGGGAGAAAUCCUUUUAAGCGACGAUUCCACAUCGAUCAGUUUGAAUUCGUUUGAUCUUCCCGAUAACACAAAACCUCAAGAAGCCGUUUCCGAGUCAUCUACAAUAUCGGAGCAUUUAGAUUCGCUUCAAAGUGGAAUAGAAAACGAUCGAUCUUUAUCGGAAAUUAGCUUAAAACAAGAUUUUAUUGAUAAUGUAAAUGACUACGAACGUAUAAAUAAAUCCGAAUUAAGUUUAAGUUGUAAUAGUGACGGAAACGAAGCUGCAAAUAACGUUCAAAGUAUCUUAAAUGAAAUUUUAAAGGAUAAACAAUUUUCUUCGCGAAGUGAUGGAACUAAAAUUGAAAAAAGUGAUUCAUGUAGUAGUAGAGACGUUAGUUUAAAUAUUUUCGAAGGUGUUAGUUUAGAUGAUAGCAGUAUUAAUAAUUAUGUAAGUAAGUUAAAAGGGUUUAAUCCAAGCGAUGAAGGGAUAAAAGUAAAAGGAUCAAGUAGAAAAAACUCCGAAUUGGGUAAUUUAAGUGUUGAGUUUGAUGCAUCGAGUGUUACGAGUGCAACGGAAUAUAAAUGUUAUCAAGAUGAUUCUUCUAAUAAGAUUGUGAAUUAUCAGGACGCAAUUUCUCAUCGAGAUCGUCAAAUUCGCCACUUAGAGGAUAUUCUUCAACAAAUGUGCGAAAAUCGUGACGAGUUACAAAAGCAAAGUGAAAAUUUUGUGAGCAAAAUCCACCAAUUAGAGAAACAAUUAAAAGAACAUUCAACAGAAAUCAAACAACAUCAAUGCGUUAGUGAUACUGAACAAUGGAGUCCAAAUAGGAAAGUUAAUUUAAAAUCAACUCACUCAACGGAUUCUUUGGUAGAGAUCGAAUCAAGUUUGGAUCAAGAGAGAAGCGAAAAAGUAAGCGGAAUGGGUAUCAACAAAAUUUUUCGGAAGCUUGAGCAGGUUUUGAGCCCACAUCAAUUGGUAAUUUUGAGUGAGUUGAAAAAUUAUUUUGAAUUUUACGUUCAAAAACGAAUCGAUGUGGUUCAAGAUGAACAUAAAAAGGAAAUUAAAGAAAUCGAGGUUGAAUUAAAAAAAGAAUUGGGUGAUAAACACAAUCAAGAAUUAGAAGAUUUAAGAACUUAUUAUGAAAAGAAAUGUGUCGAAUUAGAAAAAAAUUACUCAGAAGAAAUUAAUCGAAAAAUGUUAAACGAUUCAUCGAAUCAAAUGGCUUAUGAUCAACAUUUGGGGCCUGGCGGUGAUACUAAAUUAGAAUUGAAACAUCUCCAAAACAAUUUAACAUCUCAAGAAGUAAUUAGUAAUGAGUUUGAAAUUGUUGAUGUUGUUAAAAGCUACGAACGUCGGUUACAAGAGCAAAUCGAUUUAGCUCGAAUUGAUAUUUUUAAAAACUUAAUGCAAGAAAUUAAGAAAUUAUCUCAAUAUUCCGAUGAUACUUACUGGCCGAGAGAGUUACUUCAAAUAAAGCGGUGUUUCCAAGAGAAAUAUGAACGCGAAAUUGAAAAUUUAAAAGAAAAACACGAUGAGGAGGUGAAAAAUUUAAAAGAUUCUUUUAAAGAAAAUGAAAAAGAAGGGGAAGUUUCGAUUGAUAGGGAUGGUUUAAAAAAAUCAAACGUGAUUUUAAAAAACAUCAUUAACGAAUUAUUGAAAUAUUUCACCAAAUGCGAGGACGAAUUAAAUAAAACAUUAAUCGAUGAAAUUUUAAAACAGGGAUUCGAAAAUAAUCAACUCGACCAAAACGAAACCCUUGAUAACUCUUCGAUAACCGAAAGUUUCAUAAAACGAGUCCAUUUUACCCCUAAUUUAAACUUCAUUGAUUCAUCGAUAGAUUCGGUUGAUUUUAAAAAUGAACUCGGAACUUGUUUGGAUCGUUUAAAGUCGGAUGCAAACACUAUUUUAGCAUUAUCAUCAAACAUAAAUCAAAAACCUCACAAAAACGACGAUUUUUUGUUAGAAAAUAACCAAUUGAAGGAGGCAAAAGAAUAUAUUAAAACGUUAGAAUCGGAACGAAAUCAUUUAGAGAACCAAAUCGAACACUUUAUGGUAAAACAAAAAACUUUAGAGAAAGAUUUAGAGAAUUCCAAUCGAAAAAUUACUGAAUUAAUUGAAUGUGGACGUAAUGAAAUCGUUUCGGAAGGUUACGGAGAGAGUAGCUUGGACGGCAAACCGGGGAAAAUCGGAAAUUUAAUCGAGUUACAAGAAAAAGCAAGAAAUUUAGCCGCCGAAUGGAAAAGUGGGGCGGAUCACCCGCUUUUAGAGUUAAUCGAGGAACUAUGUAGGGAAGGGGAACGAAUCGAUGAUGAAUCGAAGAAAGAAAAAAGGGAUUUAAUACAACAGAUAGAAGCUGCCGAGAAAAAGUUGCGAUCGACGAAUCGUUUUUUGGAAGAACAAGCGAUGGAGCGCGAACAAGAACGGAGCGAUGCCCAAAAAGAAAUUGAAAGUUUGAACGAAAUCCUUAAAGAAAAAGAAAAAGAGAAGCAAAAUCGUAAUUUAAUGGUUAAAGAGGAUGGAAUUUGGAAGCUUAACGAAUGCUGCCACAACGCCAUAAAUUUUGUUAAUAGCACCGUCGAACAUCUCGAGCGUCAAAUGCACGAAAUGACCCGAUUACAAGAAUUGAGCCAGGCUAAACAUCAAAUAAUUGAAACGGAACGUAAAGAAGCGAUUGAUAAAAUUUCCGAUUUGAGGGAUAUUAUUAGGGAUUUGGAUAAUCAAGUGAAAGAGAAAACGAUUUCUGAAAACGAGUUAAAAGAGAUCAUUUCGAAAUUGAAUCCGGUUGUUAAACAACAAUCGGAGACGAUUGACGAGCUUUACGAGCAACUAGAAAAUUAUAAAUUAGGCCCGGAUGUGGAGUUUUUUAAGGGAAAAAUCGUCGCUUUAGAAAAGGAAGCUCAACAAUUGAGGUUAAACAGCGAAUUGGCUGGAAGCGAAGGGGUUAUUAAGGAAAUCCAAGUAAGAUUGUACGAAUUAGAGAGUUCCAUCGAUAAAAAAACUCGGGAUUUGGAAGGAUUGCAUUCGUCAUCGACAGGGUGUUCAACUCCAUCGGAUGAGAUGUCUUAUAGGGACCAAGUUCGCCCAAACACCCCCGGAGCCGUUUUCGAUGAGUGUGACGUUCCCCUUCAACAAUUAGCCCGGUUAAAAGAAAAAUUAAUUAAACAUUCCCGAGCCGAAGAUGCGGCCGUCAAAAGAAUUCGCGAUUUAGAGAUGCAAUUGAGUAGUACUAAACAGGAAUUGGAGGAUUCUCAAAAUGAGAAGGAUCUUCUUCAAGCCCAAGUAACUGAGCAAAUAGUUUUAUUGUCCUCGUUACAAAUGCGUCUGGACGAGCAACGGUUAAAAGCCGAACAAAAUCAGAAACAAGCAAACACAUCUUUGGAAUUAAAAAUUUACGAUUUAGAGAAUGAGAUACAAGAAUUAAAGGAUACGAUGCAUGCUAAAGAUAAAAAUUUAAAGCAAUUAAAUAAAGUAAUUGAUGAGACUAAGAAACGGUUAGAAGAUCGGGAAAAAGAACUAAAUAAUCGGGAGGAUGAUGAGAUUUUAUUAAAUUUUGAGAAGGAGAUGAUUAAAUUGAAGGAGGAGAAUAGGUUUUUAAAAACAAAGAUUGAAAGCGAUGCUCAAAACGCUCAAAUUUUACCUGGAUUAGUGGAUAAUAUUAUUGCAGAUAAAAACUCGGAUAUAGAAAAGUUAAGGUUAAAAUUAGAUGAUACUCAAAAGCAGUUAGAAUCGUUUUUAUCAUUAAAUUUAGAUUACGAUCAACUAAAACAUAUCAGUAGAAUGAAAAGUUCCGAAAGGGGUUUCUCGGAUUUUCUUAAUUUAACUCCUAUCGCAAGAAGAAACGAAAAUAUAAUCGAUAGCAUCGAAAAUUCAAUGAAUUUCAACCCGAGGAAUCCAAACGAAACCAAAAUCGAUUUUAAUUUAGUCCAAAACUCGACGGAAAUCCAACACAAAAAGGUUCAUUUCGAUGACGAGGUAAAAUUGGAAACAAAAAUUCAAGAACUUACCGAAAAUGUGUUAAAAUUGGAAGAAAAUUUAAAAGAAUUAAAAGAAAACUUUGAAAUCGAAAGGAAAUCGCUUCAAUUAGAACUAGCCGAAAAGAAAAUGAAACUCGGUGAGGUUGAAAAUGAAUUAAAAUCGUCUGUUGAUGAUCACAAAAGAAAAGACGAGAUGUAUUUUAAUCUAGCAAAGGAAAAACGCGAUUUUGAGAUAAAAAUUAACGAAAUUAAUCGCGUUUUUGAGGAGAAAAAUGGGGUAAUUAAACAACUUGAAGAAAAAAUUAGAAAGAUGAAUGAAAAUUUGAUUGAAAUCGAUCAAAUUAAAGCUGAUUUACAUCUAAAAGAGAACGAAUUGAUUCAGAUAAAUACAAAUAACGAAAGUAAAAAUAAAGAAAUCGAGAAAUUAUUGAAAGAAAUUAAAUGUUUCGAAGGGAAAAUGAACGAAAAUGAAGUUGAAAUGAGAAAAUUAAAUGAUUUAAUCGUUGAUAAGAACUGUGAAAUUGAAAUCUUGAACGAAGAUAUUCUCCGGUAUCAAAACGAUCUUCAAGAUUUAAAAGGUCAAGAAGAAAUUUCCGAAAAAAAUAUCGAAAUAAUUAAAUUAAAAUCGAUUCAAGACGAUUUAAAAAAAGAAAUUAUUCAUCUUCAAGAAUAUCUACAAGAAAAAGACAACAUAAUCGAGCAAAUGCAAAAAGAUACGGUUAGUUUACACACAAAUUUAGAAACGAUUCAAUCAAAAAUACAAGAAACGGGAAAUAUCGUUGAUUUAAGAAAACGAUUGCAAGAAGAGAAACAUUUAAAUGCAAUAUUAAAAGAGGAAAUUGAUUCAUUGAAGAGUUCUGAAAAAGAAGAAAAAUGUUCGUCAAUUGAAGAUAUUCGAGGAGAAGUACAAAAACAAUUAGAAGUUUCGGCUCAUUUAGAUUUAAAUUUAAUACAAGCUUUAAGUUCCGAGGACGAGAAAGAUUUAAGAAAGAAUGAAAUAAAUCGCUUAAAAAUUGAGUUAGAAAAAAGUGAGGUUAUGUUAGAGAGUGAACGUCAAAAUGUUGUCAAAUUAAAUACGCUUUUAGAAAAAGAAAGGUUUUUAUUAAACUCGAUACAAAUCGAAGAUUCUAAUUUAAUCGAACAAUUAAGAAUUAAAUUUGAGAGCGUUUUAGAUCAAAAGGAUGAAUUGGAAUCGAUUUUGGACCAAGAAAAAAAGAUUCGCUUCGAGUUAGAAAAUGAGGUCAGAAAAUUAAAAUGUGAUUUAAGUUCGAGCACGACUGAAUAUAAAAAAUUACCGAGUUUAGAAUCACAAGAAAUUGUUAAGUUGAAAGAGGAAAUUAAUCUAUGUAAUGAGAAAAAUGAAAAUUUACAAAGUGAGGUUAGAAACUUAAAGAGAUCUAAAGACGAAUUAAACUCGAAUUUGAAGUACACAAAAGAAAUGUUGGGCUUAAAACUAAAAGAAUUGGAAAAUUUUGAGAUAAAACUACAAAAUUAUAAGAUAAAAGAAGAGAAUUUAAAGGAAAAAUUAAGUGAGGUUAAGUUUGAGCUGGAUCGGAAAUGUGAAGAAACACAAAAUAAUCGGAUUUUAUUGAAUCAAAUGGAGGAGGAGAGGAUUAAUUUAAAGAAGGAUCAAAUUAUUUUAAAUGAGCGUAUUAGAGAAUUGGAGGAAGAUUCGAAAAUUAAUGAUAUUUUAAACGAAGAAAAAAAUGUUAACUUAAAUUCACCAGUUCCUGAAAAAUUAUUGAAUAAAAUGCGUGAAUUAACAAUCGAAAUUAAACAACAAAUGGAAGAAAAUAAGAUUUUAACAAACAAUUUAACUAAAAUCGCUUUGGAACGAUCAAAACUUUUAGACAAAAUUCGUCGAUUAGAACAAAUUAAUACAAAUUUGAAUUAUCAAAACCCUCAAAAUCAUAAAUCGCAUCAACUUUUCGCUAAAUAUCUUCGAGCAGAAAGUUAUCGGAAAGCUUUAAUUUAUCAAAAGCAUUUUUUAAUUAAGUUAUUAGCGUCUUAUCAAAAAAUUAAUACCAACGUAAACGUUUUUCAACCUAAACACCCCAUUAAAAUAACCGAACCUAUCAAAAAAUUUAAAAGUUGUGUUAUUGCGAUUAUUGCUAUGAAAAGAAUGAAGUUUAUGGUUCGGAGAUGGCAUACAGGGGUUAGAAAUUAUUCGAGUGAUGAGAGGUAUCACGAAAAUGGUACAAAAAAUGAUUAUGAGAUGAAAUUUGAAGUUGGACAACCGGUUUCUAGUCAAAAUUUUCGACGGGGUCAAUCAAGGUCGCCCCAAUUGAUGGGUUCUUCUUGGUCGGGGAGUUCGCCACCACAAAAAGAAAGGCCUUUAAGCACACAAAGCGAUUUUGCACCCCUUCAAACCCCGCUACUCCUUUCGGAAUAUGUGCAAAGAUUCGAUGAGAUGCAAAAACGGCUUGGAUUGACGUUUGAGAAAAUAAAUAACUAAUUUUUGUUGUGUUAAAAGUAAGGUUAAGUUGACAAGUAGAUAUUUCUAGUCACUUUGUUUUAAAAUUAUCUUUGUAUUUUUUGUAUUUUGUGAUAAUUAAGAAUAAUUGUAGGUUAGAUUUAAAA